AUGGGGGUUACAGGCUUGCUUCAGCAUUUGAAAGAGAUUCAAGAUUCAACUUCAUUAUCAAGAUAUAAGGGAAAAACAUUAGCUGUUGAUACUUAUGGGUGGUUACAUAGAGGUUUGAUAUCUUGUGCACAAGAAUUGUGCCAGGACGUUCCGACGAAGAAGUAUAUUAAUUCUGUAAUGAAGAAGAUAGAUAUGUUAAGACAUUUCGGAGUGGAACCAUAUUUAGUAUUCGAUGGUGCAUAUUUACCAACAAAGGCUGAAACAGCAAAAGAACGAAGAUUGAAGAGAGAAGAGGCACAGAAGAAGGCUAAUGAGUUAAUAAAAGCAGGUAACAGAAAAUUGGCAUGGAAAGAGUUUAUGAAAGCAGCUGGUGUGACACCAGAAAUGGCAAAAUCUAUCAUGGUAGAGUUGGAUAUGAGGAAAGUAAAGUAUAUCGUCGCACCAUACGAAGCAGAUCCACAAAUGGUUUAUCUAGAAAGAAUUGGCUUAGUUGAUGGUAUAUUGUCCGAGGAUUCUGAUCUUCUUAUAUUCGGAUGUAAUACGUUAAUCACCAAGUUGAAUGACUAUGGCGAAUGUAUUGAAAUUUGCAGAGAUAAUUUUUGCAAUGUUAAAAAAAUACCAUUUUUGUCUAAUUACACGCAAGAACAAUUAAGAUUAGUGGCAAUGCUCUCCGGUUGUGAUUAUACAAAAGGAAUCCCAGGAAUUGGAUUGAAAACAGCAUUCAACCUAGUUAAAAGGUUCAAUAAUUUGGAAAAGGUAUUAAUCGCAUUAAGAUCCGAUGGUAAGAAACCACCUGUGGAUUUUGAGGAUGAAGUUUAUAAGGCGAACUUGGCAUUUCAAUUUCAAAAAGUUUUCAGUCCCCUUACGAAAAAGUUGGAAACAUUAAAUUCGUACCCGGUGGAUUUAAAAUUGGAUUUUGAAAUUUUGGAAGCAUGCUGCGGUAAGACUUUGGACGAAGAAAUACAUGCUCAAAUUUGUACUGGAAAGGUACACCCAAAUACUCUUGAAAUACUUGUAUCUAGAGAACAAAGCUUAUCUAAUUUGAAGGGUGGUUCGAUAAAUUUAGGAUCACAAAAAUCAUCAAUAUCCUCUAAUAUGGCAGGUAGGAGUAGAUCAGCUACUACUAUUCCUGAACACCCGAAGACAGGUGCAAUUGACUCGUUCUUUGGCACCAUAAAAUCUACUAAAGAAAUAAGUAUGCAUCUUGAGACACCAAGUAAAAGAAAACUUCAAGCGCCCAAAGAAAAGGUUUCCCCUACAACAAGAAAGAUGAAACGAAUUGUUAAUGAUAACAAUAACGGUAGUUUCAUAUCGCCAAAGGGCAAAAUUAGUAAAUUCUUCGGGAGCGUUGAAAAUACUCCUGUUGCUAAUCUUUUACCUACUCCAAUUUCAACUAAGCAAGCCGCAUGGGAUUCAAGUAUAGUCUCAGGUGAUUCAGAUAUACCCGAUGAGUUUUCAUCUCCUGUAAAUCAUAUUCGUGGUUCUCAAUCAUGUCCCACUAAAACAAACAUUGUUGGUAUUACUGAUGGACUUACAGAUAAUGAUUUCAGUGACGAUGAUAAAGAUUUGGGAUCUCAAACCCCGGAAUCAUCAUCCUCAUUGAAGAAUUCGAACCCAAGCGUAGAAUUUGGGAUUGAUGAAGAUGAUGAUAUAAUUGAAGAGUCACCAAUUAAGGCAAUUCCAAAAAAUGACAAACUUCGGGAUUUUGCCAAGGUGUUGCGUGAGAAAUACCUGUUGAAUUCCAGUAUGAAUAUCGAAAACAAUUCUAAAGACAAACCAAACCUUUUAAGAACUGCAAACCCGUUGUCCCCUUCUAACUUAAAUAUAAAUUUAACCUCGGCUUCUACGCCGAAUAAGAAACUUCCAUCGUCUCAUUUGAACCAUCAUCAAGAGAAUGUUAUUUCCCCAGAUGAAGCGAAGGAGAACAUAAUACAAAUUAACGAGAGAGAAUCAUGUCAAGUCGAGACAGCAAAAAUUCAAGUUAAUAUUGAAAAGAAACAAAGUAUCAGCCUACAAAGAUUUGCUUUUCGUGGCUAG